AUGGACAGAAAAAGGGUAGACGGAUUGCCUGUCUGGAUGUUAACUCCGAAGGAGGAAAAGGAGGUAUUUGACGCAUGGAAGACGGAGACGUGGAAGUACUGCGACUCCUAUGUCAAGGGUAAGUGA